CGUGUAUUGAGAUCGUCCGCGUGAGGUGACGUCUAAAGAACUGUUGUUUAUGACUUGAGUUUUGACAACCUUUAGCGGUAAUCACCAUUUAAGUCGAUUCAACCCUUAAACUUGACUCUGAUGAUGACUUCCGCUCUGGUUUUCGAAACGUCAAUCAAUGUUACGAACAAGAGUCCUUUACUGAACAACUCACAGCCGUGCUGUUUGAUUGAGCUUGAAUGAGCUGAAAGGAGAAUGCUUGGGGACUAGUGGACAAUGUCGUAUCUUAAGUGUGUUCUGACCAAUUUUGAAUCGAUGACGUCAUUUUCGUAACAAAUGGGUGGAACUUCAGUACUUGUUUAGACUUCGAACAACUUCCUACAGCAUAUUGCAACGCAUUAGAAGCAUUGCGUAUCUACAAGAGCAGAAUUUCGAAGGCUAUACAGAAUGAAAUCCAUGCUUUAUGUGGCUAUUUUAGCAGUGCUACACAUUUCUACCCAAGUGUUCGCUGCGGAUCCUUCUGGCCUUUACUGCUUCAGUUGCCAUGGAUAUGAUGAAGAUGGUCGCACGAAAUGUAAAGGCAGAGAGACUGGUGAAUUGUUCGUAAGAAAGUGCACCACAAACUCUUCUCUAUUACCGGCCUGUCUCGAGUACACCGCUUUUUACAAGAUUCCACAGAUGAUGGGCAACCAACUUAAAAUGGUUGAGUCCGCUGUGCAUGGUUUACACUGUGGAACACUGGCAAUGUGUGCGAGGAGCGAAUGUCCGAAUUUCUGGCCAAAGGAUCUCUCUACUGAUAAGUGUAAAGUAAAAUGCUGCACGGCUAAAGACAAAUCCUGUUCAUUCCCGACGCCGACUCCAGUUGAAAUUGAUAGAUAUGAGCAGCGAGAGGCUAUGAAGGGUAACGUGGAUGCUCUUGGGGUCCAGAGUGGAAAGAGAAGUGGCGGCGUAAACAGAAUCUCGGAGUCCGUGUGGAUACAAGGCGUGGUUCUUGCUUUUUGCUGCCUGGGUUAAGGUCUAAAGGUCUUAACACACGGUAAUUUGCAUGCCGAGUGUAAGCGUUAAGGGGCUGAUCGCAUCACGUUUUCACCACUGGUAGUUAUAUUUCAAGACUAAAGCUGACACUCUCUCUGUGAGACCUGACUGUUGAAUUUCUUUGAUUCCGAUCCUCUCUCGAGAAAGAGGACCUUUUCAUGAACAGAAGUAGUAGUUAAUGAUGUAUAUUGAAGGCCUGACUAUCAUCAGAAAGACUCUAAAUGUAAGGUGAUUCCGGCUUCACUACAACCAAUCCAAACGUGGGCAGCUCGGGGAUGUGCUGCUCAAAUAUACUGGGUUUGAUGCUGCAAUUAGGCCUCAUAGUUACUCUUCUGUUGAUAGUUUUCUUGACGUUAUCGAUAACCCGAUAAAUAUCAUGUUUAUGUAUUCUUCGCCUUAUCGUAAUCUUAGUAUCAGAGUGGGUGACUGAGUCACACCCUCUGCAACUUUCUACCGUAUUGUAUAUAUAAGAGGGUCAGGAUCUGACUUGGCACAUUCUUUUUUAACAUGCUUGUACACAACUACUUUUCAAAAGACAGUAUCUUUUUAGAACCAUUAACAAACCAUUCCUUGCUU